AUGGAUGUUGAAGAGCCGUCAUAUCAUGCAUUUUUCUCUGACAAUAAGUCGACAGACAUAGUCUCGAAGAUCGUUUUUAAUAUUAUCCUGUUCGUCAGCAUUGUUGUAUGUAUUUCUUGCCUAAACAGUUUUCGAGUGCGUUCUCGGUCACAGCGAAGUGUGAAAUCGAUUGGCAUCUCUGAUUUUCCAACUCUCUUUCUUCCUGUUUCUAUAGGCAAACUCGGUUCAUUGUCUACCCAAAUCCCCGAUUACACAACAGUAUUAUCACGCCUCGGUUCUCGAGUCGUUGUAGUUAUCUCAAAAUGGGCGCAAAUCGAAGAAUCCCGAGAUGAUUUGAAGCUUAGAAAAUACUUUUCCCAAUGCGACUCUUCUUUCUCGCCGGAAUGGAAGGGAUUAAUCUUUUCCGACCCAUUCACAAUGGAAUACUCAAGGCUAAACGAUUUCUUCGAGUUUGCCUCACAGGCUUUUCCUGCUAGCAUCUUCAUAGGCGCCUCUGAUCGUGGCAUACGGACCUUUUUGAGCACCGCGUCUAAGGAAAUCACUCUCACUUCCGACAAUUUAAACCGGCUCGUUCUUCACAUACUCUUUGAAGCAAUCAUGCAUUCUUCUUGGGGCGAACGAACUCAAUGUGAUACUCUGACUGAACUCAAUGAACUCUCAAACGGCUUUUUCCAUCUACACAUCUUCGGUCAUCUUCCAAGGCGUUUUCACGUUGGCGGAAGCGCGCUAACCCACGCAGUCGACCGGUUGGUUGAGCCUCUCGUUCUGUUUGAGUUGGGUCGAGGCACCAAUAUAAAAUCAGAAACUCUUCUCUCCUAUCUCUUGUGGAUUAAACGCACUCUCAGCCUUUCCCAACCUCUUGAUGACCAGAAGAGUGAGGAUGUGGAGGCGUUUCUUACAAAAAAACAUAUCAAUCACCUCCUGUUUGAAAGCUUUUUCCUCGGACACCACAGUCUCAUACCGUGCCUCCGUACUCUUCUAGCAGCACUAACUGCUCGCCCUGGGUGGGGUCAGCAGCUACUGAGAGAACUCUCCGAACAUCGAAGAAGUUGCCCUUACAGGUGCAGAAAACACACCGCUAAUUUGACGGAGGAAUGCAUCGACCUAGAAACGAGAUGCCUCUCCUUCACAAAGGCACUAUGUCUCGAGUCUCUGCGUUUCACCGUGGUAGGCUGGCCUCUCGGGUGUUUGCGUGAGGCCUUUCGAGAUGGAGAGAGGUUUCUUGCGGACGACCUGGUCCUCCUCAACGAGCCUGCCGUGUUCCACGACCCAACCAUCUGGUUCAAGGAAUACCAGGUGGCCGCCUCCAGGGAACCCUUGCAACAUGCCUUCGCACCGAUGGAGAGACAUGGAAGGCCCGACGCGAAUUACCUCGCCUCCCGUGUGUUGCUUAGCUCGAAAGCAGGUCGAGGAGGAAUUCGAGGAAUUUCCAAAUUUGCCUCUUUUCCUACCGCUAGAUUCCUCGUUAAUGCGUUGUGCCAACCUGUGCCAAAACGAUGUCCGCAGAUAACCAAGACGACACAAUCAUCUUCAACGACAUAUUGCGUAUCUAAAUAA